AUGGACUCUAACGCCUUUACAACACCCUUCCAGCUCACCAAAACGAUGAAACGCGAGAUUUAUCCCGCUAUUGAUCCCAACAAUCCUGAACUUAGCGCUACAGGCAAAACGGUCCUGAUCACUGGUGCUACCGGUGGUAUUGGAGGGCUAAGCAUCGUGCUCGUGGGGCGUAAGAAGGAGCUGCUUGAUGAGCCUGCCUCGGCUGUCAAAGCCAUCAGUCCCUCGACACAAGUUCUGGCGCUCAUUGCGGAUCUGACUUCAGAUUCAGACGUCGAAGGCUUGUUCAAACAUGCCAUUGACUCCCUGGUUGCGAUUGAUGUGCUUGUCCACGCAGCAGGAGGCACAACCACCGGUGUUGACUAUGAGUUGAAUGUUAAGGCCAGCUAUACCGUAGCGCAUUACUACCUGAAGUCUUCCCCAGGUGGUUCCAUCAUCUUCUUGGGCACGCUCGGCGCACCGUUCACUUUUCCAGGACUAAGCUCAUACUCUGGGAGCAAGCUCGCUUUGAUGAAGCUAGCUGAGUUCCUCGACGCUGAGAAGCCCAAAUUUCGCGUCUUUACAGUGCAUCCUGGCAUUGUGGGUGUGACUGAGACGAACUGUGGGGCUGUGGUAGAUGCUCUGACGCCGUUCGCGAAAGACAAGGGCAUCCAGACGGGAGGGCUGUCGCUGUAUCUCGCCCAGAAGAGGGCAGGUUAUCUAAGGGGCGGCUUCAUUAGCGUUAAUUGGGACGACGAAGAGAUGGAAGCUCAUCAGGAGGAGAUCAAGGAGCAGAAGCUGCUCAAACUCGGCUUUCUCGGAGCAAAGCUUGGGUCAGACGGCCACCCAUGGUCGUCUUGA